ACUGCACUUUAAUGUAUGUAUGUAUUUCGUAUGUUAGCCAAGCCAGGAAGCAAACAGUAUUUGGCAAGACAAGUUUACCUUAUUCCAUAAAGAAUUAAUUUACAGUGAAAAUUAACUGACCACUAGAGCCAAUCCCUACUCACCUCAUUAAUAUUUGCAAAGUUUUUUACUCAGAGAUAAAAGGCUGAAUAUUUGCAUCUUAAACAGUAUUUUCUUGCUCUAAGUUUUGUUGCUGCCAAAUUUUUACUCAAGGUGUUAUCAUUACGUAAUAUUUAUUUUCGACUAUUUAACAAAACCAGCUAAAGAAGUUGGAUCAGUAAUCUUUUGAACAUACAUAUAUUGAAUAGCCUGGAUAAUAAUCAGCACAUCCAGCUCAUCAAAUUUGUGGUCCAACUUUAUUGUGAAAUGUGAAUUUGAUACUCCGAAGUAAAACACUGAGGGAGGAUGCAAUAGAAAUAGUUAAAAAAACAAUAGAGUACUAGAAAAAUGUUCAAAACCAGGGAACACUGUAUUAUGAGGAAUAUUAUAAGCUUGGGAGCCAUAAAUCUACUCAUUUUCAUAGCUAUCACAAAUGGGCAAUCCCGUAAGAUGGAUGAAUGGGAGACGUGGUCAUUGCAAAAAUUGGAAGACGAGGUAAGUCCAAGUCGUUGGAACCCGAGAAAAUCUCCCGAUGAAGUGAUCAAGGAAUAUGUCGACACUUCAAUUCUUGGUACGCAUUCCGCCCAAGAAACAAUCCCCCACGAACUCAACAUUCCGUAUGGCGAGAAGCCCUCACAGCAGUACGAUUUGUAUGGGACCGACCUGUCGCCCGACUCCCAUAUAUACAUUUGGAUUCAUGGUGGUUAUUGGCAAGAGGGUAGCAAGGAUAUUUCGGCACUAUUUGCAUCCACCCUGCAUGCCCAAGGAGUUCGAAACAUCGUGCUAGGAUACACUCUAGCACCUGCCGCUUCAAUUGCGCAAAUAGAAGAAGAGGUUGUUCUAGCUUUGAAAGAAAUUAUAUCAAAACACCCAAAUUCUCCAAUUAUAAUAGGAGGUCACUCUGCCGGUGCACAACUCGCCUCUAUGAUUCUUCACAAUCAAAGCGACCCUGUAAUUGUUGAGCAUAUUAAAGAGUUUCAUUUUGUCUCUGGGGUAUAUGAUUUGCGCCCAUUGAUCCCAACCUAUGUAAAUAAUCCGUUAAAAUUAACAAGAUCAACUGCUGAUGCUUCGAGUCCGCUUCGAAUUCGAAAAAUUCAGCAAAGAUUUUUAGACAAGGGAGCGGACCUUAAAAUAUCAGUGACUGUUGCGAAGCAUGAUUCACCACUGUUCCAACAACAGUCUCAAGAAUAUUAUAAACUUUUGCGGAAGGCGUUUUCACACUUUGAAUUUUGGAAAUCAGAUUCGGAUGACCAUUUCACUUUAAUUCAAAAUAUGGCCAAGUCUAAUACAGGAGCUGGUAAACAGUUUCAUCAGCAAGUCAGUGCGCUAAAGUCGUCAGGGACAACAAGAUUGGUUUCAAACCAGGUUACUACUUUAAUGUCAAUAAUUGCAAUAUUUAUGCUCCUUUACACUUAAUUUGGUCUAGUUAAAUGUUUCAAAAAAUGAUAAUAAUACAUUUAAUCAUUUUUAUACGGCAUUUAUUAAAAUAUAAAGGGGCGAAAGAUUUAUCAUCGAUAAACAUAUUGUCACA